CCAUUGCUUCUCCCUUUUCCUCUCAAUCCUUAACUUUAUUUUCUUUUCCCCUAUCUUCUCUUAGCUUUGUAUCACCUUUCUCCAUAUCUCUUUCCUUCAUCACUUUCCAUUUCAGUUUGUGGUUUUUGCUUUGGACAAUAAGAACACAAGUUUGGAUUUUUCAGCUGAAAAUUCCGUGGGUGUUUUGCAGAUUUCUAAACACAAGUUUUAGGCUCGAGGAAAUGGAAAACAUUCAAGGAGAUGAUCAGAUGGAUUUGCCACCGGGUUUCAGGUUUCAUCCAACAGAUGAAGAGCUUAUUUCUCACUAUUUGCACAAGAAAGUUCUGGACAUCAACUUCAGUGCUAAAGCUAUUGGAGAGGUGGAUUUGAACAAGUCUGAGCCAUGGGAAUUGCCUUGGAAAGCGAAAAUGGGUGAGAAAGAGUGGUAUUUUUUCUGCGUGAGGGAUAGGAAAUACCCAACUGGUUUGAGGACAAACAGGGCCACUGAUUCUGGGUAUUGGAAGGCAACAGGCAAAGACAAAGAGAUUUACAGAGGGAAAUCAUUGGUUGGAAUGAAGAAAACACUGGUUUUUUACAAGGGAAGAGCACCCAAAGGCGAAAAAAUGAAUUGGGUGAUGCAUGAGUAUAGACUUGAAGGCAAAUAUUCAGUCCACAAUCUGCCUAAAACUGCAAAGAAUGAAUGGGUUAUUUGCAGGGUGUUUCAAAAGAGUUCUGCCGGGGAAAAAACACAUAUUUCAGGCCUGGUCGUCAUGAGCUCAUUCGGAAAUGAAAUUUUGAGCCCUUCUGGUUCUGGUCUUCCACCAUUAAUGGAUUCUUCUUCGGUUUUCAAUGCCAAGAAAAAUCCUGUUUCCGCAUCCGUUUACGUGCCCUGCUUCUCCAAUCCGAUCGAUAAUUUUCCCAACAAUCCGCUGCUCCUCCCGGUUUCUUCGAACACGAGGAUCCCGGCUCCGAACACUUUCUUCCCGCCUCAGACCGUUUCUUUCUCGUCGAAUCUUCAAUUCCCGGGCGGCUCGGUCUUAAUGCAGGAGCAUUCGAUCCUCAGGGAUUUACUCGAAAACCGCGGUUCCAACAUGAAAACGGAGAGGGAAACAAUGGUUACUGUCUCGCAAGAGACCGGUUUAAUCACCGAUAUCAACAACGAAAUCUCGUCCGUCGUAUCGAAUCUGGAGAUCGGAAAAUUCGAUACGACGCCAUUCGAUGAUCACCGACAACAUCAACAACACCCUUCUGCUGUCUCAGCUGCACCGGUGGAUUUCGAUUGCUUCUGGCAUUACUGAAAGAAAAACUCAUUAUUGUAUGAAAAAUCUAGAGUUCUACUAUUAUUGGUUUGAGUUGUAUGUGUAUAAGAUUUUCAAUUUGAAGCAAAUUGAAGCAUAA